UCCUUAUCUUUAUCCAUAGCCGAAAUUAGCUCCUCCUUCUUCUUCAUCAUCAUCUUCUUCACUCAGGUAACAAUGCAAGGAGUAAUUCGAGGAUUUUUUUCCAAUGGAAACGUUGUGAAAAAUGCAGUUUUGCAACGCAUUUCUCUUGUGAAUCCAGUGUUGCAGCCUGCCAUCCUGUCACGUUUUCAGGGGACUACAACUGCUCGUAUAGAAGAGCAUGGUUUUGAAAGCACAACUAUUUCAGAUAUCAUGAAAUCGAAGGGUAAAGGUGCUGAUGGUUCUUGGCUAUGGUGCACUACAGAUGACACUGUUUAUGAGGCCGUUAAGUCGAUGACCCAGCACAAUGUUGGUGCCCUGGUGGUCGUGAAACCUGGAGAGGAAAAGUCAAUUGCUGGAAUUAUUACAGAAAGAGAUUAUCUGCGGAAGAUCAUAGUGCAGGGAAGAUCAUCUAAGUCCACUAAGGUCGGGGAUAUCAUGACUGAAGAGAACAAGCUUAUCACUGUCAAUCCUUCCACCAAAGUUUUGCGUGCAAUGCAACUGAUGACUGAUAAUCGGAUCAGGCACAUUCCAGUGAUUGAUGAUAAGGGAAUGAUUGGCAUGGUGUCCAUUGGAGAUGUGGUACGAGCUGUGGUGAGUGAACAUAGGCAGGAACUUGACCGCUUGAAUGCUUUUAUUCAGGGAGGUUACUAGAUGAUGACGACAACGACCAUGAUGAUGAUGACAAAGAUCAGACAGGUUGCCCUGGUUUAACAGUGAACAAUAAUAGGACCAGGUGCAUGUAAAUACCCUUUGCUCUUUGCAACUCCUAUUCUGGUUCUUUUCUUUUCUUUUCGAUGUUCAUAUGCUAUGACAUCAAGACACCAAUGUGGGAACUAACAUGGUUAAUAACGAGAACUUAUUUUCUGCUUAAA